AUGUAUCUCACCAGAGGAACAGGCAGACUCCGCAUCUUGAUGGUGUCAGUCCUUCUCAUUUUCACUUUCUGGCACCUGUUUUCAUGGCAAACGGAACCAUACGCCUUCUCGAUUGGGUCGCUACAUCACGCGCCUACUUACAACCUGAGCGGACAUACUGAGUUUUGGCGCCAGCUACAGCCUCUCUUCGAGAAGCAUGAACCCAAUUGCGAUCCGCCUCGACGAAUUGGCAAUGCUCAAACAGUCGGCUAUAAGACUUCGGACCCUGACGCUCGACCGGACAUGUUGGAGAUGUCGACUCGUGACGUCUGGAGCAUGACGAAAGCACACUCUGAUUUUGUGGAUGCCAUAAACGCAAACCCGCCAAGUCUAUCUUAUGUUCCCGGAUCUAAGGGUCUGGUAUGCACCGCCGGAGGCCCAUAUCUACCAGUUCUGGUUAUUUCGCUGCGGAUGCUGCGUCGCACGGGCUCAAAACUUCCCGUUGAAGUCUUUUUGGCAAGCCGCGACGAAUAUGAGGAGUAUAUAUGCGACAAGGUGUUACCCUCAUUGAAUGCAAAAUGCGUUAUUCUCUCCCAAGUCCUGGACAAAUCAUUAGUCUCCCGGCCAAUUGAGAAAUACCAACUCAAGCCAUUCGCGAUGCUCUUUUCUUCAUUCGAGGAUAUCCUUUUCUUGGACGCUGAUGCAUUCCCUCUCGCCAAACCGGAGUCGUUGUUCGAGCGCGAACCCUUCCAGUCAAAGGGAAUGCUUACCUGGCCUGACUUCUGGGCUUCAUCUGCUUCGCCCUUAUACUACCGCAUCGCCUCACAAGAGGUUGCUGCAAUGGAUCUGCGACAAGCAACCGAGUCCGGCGAAGUUCUCAUUUCAAAGAGAACUCAUUUCAAAACCCUCCUGCUCAGCGCAUACUAUAACUACUGGGGACCGACACAUUACUACCGACUGUUCUCCCAGGGAGCAGCUGGAGAAGGCGACAAAGAAACAUUCAUAGCCGCUGCAACAGCGCUUGGAGAGCCGUUCUACCAAGUUAGCGAGCGCAUCUGUGCUAUAGGCCAUAGCACCAAGGGAGGCCUCGCCGGGUCAGCAAUGGUUCAAUUCAACCCCAUCGAAGACUACAAGUUGACGCAGAAAGGAAUCUGGCGCGUUGCGGGAGACGAUGCUGUGAAGCAGCCACGUCCGUUUUUCAUUCAUGCAAACUUCCCCAAGUUCAACCCGGCAACGCUGUUCUCGCAGCAAGCCGUCAACCCAGCAUUCAAUGACGAUGGAAGCUAUACGCGGGCGUGGACGAUCCCGGAAAUUGUGAUCAAUGAAUUCGGGCGAGACGUCGAAAAGGAGUUUUGGGCUGAGAUUUUGUGGACAGGAUGUAAGCUGGAAAAUAAGUUCAAAAGCUGGGAAAAUCAGACGGCGAUUUGCCAGAAUGUGAAGAAGUAUUGGACUGCUAUGUUUGGGCAGGAGGAUCCGAGAGGUGUGUGA